AUGCUAGAAAAGUCAGACGAAUUCUUACCUGCAGACGACGUGGGCUAUGUGCAGGUCUCUUUCUUCAGUGAGGAGGAAAAAUUGAAAAAUAUUUCGACCGCUGUAUUCGAUGUCCCGUUGUCUGCAACUUAUGAGAACCUGAAUGCGCUUGUGAACAAAACGAUUUCAACACUCCAAGAUGACUGGAUUGAAAAACGUUUUGAAUUACUCAUUGGCGAAACAUUCGUGCGAUCGUCGCUGGCCGAGUUCAUCGAGGAGCACGACGUUGAUACGGAAAGGGUUUUAAAGAUUGAAUGUAUAUUAGGAAAAGAAGCUCCACAUGCUGUGCAGGAUAUCGCAGCCCCUGAUUGGGUCUCCUCUAUUGAGAUAUCGUCCGGACACAUUUUCUCUACAACAUAUAGUGGAGAAAUUGUGGUGAUAAAUAGAGAAGGCAAAAAGGUUCUCGAAAGCCAUAGGGACAAAGGGAGUGCGUAUAAAUGUGGAGUUCUACUUGGUAAUGAGAAAGAACCGAAGAAGCUGGAAGAUCAGCGAAUCGUAGUUGGUGGUGAGAACCAAGUAAUCACCUUGUUUGAAGUGGAAAGUGGGACCCUUGUCCCGAAGACUCUUUUUCGAGGACAUGAAAGGAGUGUCGAGUCUUUGGACGCGAACCCUGACUGCUCUCGUCUAGUUUCAGGCGCUUUCGACUCAACUAUCAAAGUCUGGAAUUUGGAAAGCGAUGAGGAUACUGUUUUCGAUAAAACAACCAAUAAAGAUAAACAUGCCAAGAAGCGAAAGGAGAACUUCAUUACAAAGGUACCUAUGGUGACACUCGCUGGUCAUAAGGAUGCAGUUGUAGCCUUAAAGUGGUGUAUGUGGAACAACAAUCAAGUAGUGUCCGCAUCGUGGGACCACAGCAUUACAGUGUGGGAUCUGCAACUAGCUGGAGAGGUCUCACGAAUUCGUGGCUCCAAAGCGUUCACUAGUAUCGACGUUAAUAAAAAGUCUGGUCUAGUCAUCAGCAGCAGCACAGAUGCAGUUCCGAGGCUUUACGACCCUCGGAGUCAUGAUGGAUCAGUCGUGAAACAGUCGUUCAUUGGUCAUACGGGUUGGGUAACCUGCGUCAGGUGGAGUCCUGAUGAUGAUUCAUGUUUUGUGAGCUCAUCUUUCGACAAAUCCUUGAAAAUAUGGGACGUGCGUUCUUCGAAGACGUCAUUGUUCGAUUUAUAUGGUCAUGAAGAUCGUGUUUUGUGUUGUACAUGGAGUGGCAGCCUUAUUGCAAGUGGAUCGGCUGAUAGUACAGUUAAGGUCUACGCGACUCCAUGA